AUGGCGUCUGACGAUGACGGCCCCGUUGCCGCCCUCACUGAAGGCUUAAAGUCAACUUUUCUCAGCGGCGAUUUCACUGAUCUGGUUAUCCGUUGCAAAUCGAUGAAAUGGAACGUCCACAAGAUCGUUCUUUGUUCACAGAGCGAGUUCUUCAAGCGUGCUUGCCUCGGCGGCUUCAGGGAAUCGAAAGAGAAUUCUAUUGAUCUCAGUGAGGAUAACGGUCAUAUCGUCCAUGCGAUGCUUGAAUUCCUCUAUUCCCUCGACUACACCUUCAACCCUUCUUCUCACGAGGAGGCGGAUUUCCAUGCGGAAGUCUACCUUACGGCAGAGAAGUACGGCCUCACCCAUCUCAAAGGGUGCGCCCUGGGAAAGUUUAAGAAAGUGGCCGAGACCCUUGUUGAAAGUCCGGCACGCUUUGCUACUGUCAUCGUCAGGAUUUUCGAUGGAACGCCGAAUUCUGAUGUUGAUUUGCGGAGUUACAUCAGCCAGCUCGCUGCAGAGAACCAUGAUGUUCUUCUGAGCUGCCCGUUGUUCCAAGAAUAUACGGAGGAGGGCGGUGACUUCAACCUUGGUCUCAUGAGAGCACUUGCCUCGAGAUACUGUAAGUGUGACCACAACUGGCACUUGCCCACCUGCAUGUGCAACAACGACGUCGUCUAUGGUCAGCAGGGAGAUUCGGAUCAUGAUUAGUAGCAGCUAGUUUUUGCCUUGUCGGUGGACAUCAUCCGAGAACAAUGUCAAUGAAUCAGGCGCGAGACUCCAUCUCUUCGGGUAGACUUGGAAUGGUGAUUAGGCCCACAGCGUAGAAAACAAAGACGAUCUACAAUAGAAAGUUUGCUUUUACUUUGUGUUGUCAAAAUCCAUAAAAACUCUGGAUGAAGCCAGAGACAUUAUGGUUCUCGUGGGAACUUACUC